AUGAGUCAAACCUGUCAUUGUUAUAGUUGUAACGUUCCUGGUCAUUCGUUACAAAAACCUUUCCCAUCAAACAAUGAGGAUAAACAAAAUCUCAUCUUACAAAUUUGUAAAAGGAUUUUUGAAGCUAUUCAGCAUAAGCAUACAUCGACAGAAAUUUCUUAUAAUGGAAAAGAAAUGGAACAUAAACAAAUUAACAACGUUACCGAGGUGGAAAAUUGUAUUAAUGAGGAAUUCAGUCAACUUAGGGAUAACGAUAAAAUACUAAAUUAUGAGAUAAAAAAGCUCUUAAUCGGUAUUUGGAAGAUUGAGUUCAAAUGGAUUAAAUCUAAUGUUAAUCCUUUGGUUAAAUGUCUUUUGGAAAUUUCAAUGAAAUGGUAUGACCCUUUCGUUAAUUAUAUUCAUUUAAAAGAUGAACAAAAGAGGUUGGGUUGGAAAGCUUACACUGAUAAACAUGUGAAGGAGGGUGAGUUAAAGAAAUACCUUUUAGAAAAUCUAGAAAAAUAUCUUCCCGGACUUGAAUAUUUAUUUGAAUAUUCUUGGCUUGCAAUUGAUGAUGGUAAUAAUUAUCAUGAGGGUGAUCUCAUCUUUGCUUCAGAUGUUGGUAUUUUUGUCGUUGUUGGAGUUAAAUGGUUGGAUGUAAAUUCGGGACCUGCUGCGAAGAAAUCUAUUGAAAAGGAGGUUAGAAAGUUUAAAGAUUUGGCCGAAAAGAAAUUCAAAGGAAAAUACAUUGCGAUCAUGGGAGCAACGUUUAUAAAUAACCCCGACGAAGAUUCGCUAGUAAAUUCUACGCUCGAGUUUAUUGAAAACGAUAAAAUCAUUGCACAAAUUCUUCCAGAAAUUCAUCAAACUCGCUCAAAAUCAAAAACAACUCUAAUUACACAAGAACAAGAGUCUAGCGGAUGGUUAUAUGGUAGUUUAACUGGUCUUGCUACAAUUGCAGCAGCAGCUUCACUUUUAGGAAUAUCAAGCAUUUUACUAAAAGGAAGUGAAGAAUAUUAUCUUUUUGAUAAUGAAAAUACAGUUACUGAAGCCAUAUAUGAUAAUUUUGAAACUGAAAUUGAACAAGUUACUAUUUCUUUGGAUGAAGAAUAUUUAAAAAAAGUUAUUGAUAUAGAAGAUACAAGUGAAAUAGAUAGUAGUAUAUCUGAUAAUAAUGAUUCAAUUUUAGAAAUAGAUUCAGAAAAUGAUAAUAUAAUUAUUGAAUAA